CCCGCGCCCGGGCGUUCCGGUGGCGCCGCGGCCCCCGCCAUGGCCCUCGCCGGGCGGCGCGACGCGCCCGAGCCGCCGGACUUCGGCAUCCUGAAGCGGCUGGCCCGAGACCAGCUCGUCUACCUGCUGGAGCAGCUGCCCGGCAAGAAGGACCUGUUCAUCGAGGCCGACCUGAAGCCCCUGGACCGCAUCGCCAACGUGUCCAUCCUGAAGCAGCACGACGUGGACAAGCUGUACAAGGUGGAGACACGGCCGGCCCCCGGCGCCAGCGACCAGUUCUGCUUCCUGGUGCGGCCGCGGGUCAGGACCAUGAGGUUCAUCGCCGAUAUCGUCAACGCUGACAAGAUGUCGGGGAGGAGCAGGAAGUACAAAAUCAUCUUCAGCCCCCAGAAGUUCUAUGCCUGCGAGAUGGUGCUGGAGGAAGAGGGGGUCUUUGGUGAUGUCACCUGCGAUGAAUGGUCCUUCUACCUGCUGCCCCUGGAUGAGGACAUCAUUAGCAUGGAGCUGCCUGAGUUCUUCCGUGACUACUUUCUGGAGGGAGAUCACCGCUGGAUCAACCCCGUCGCCAGAGCCCUGCAGCUGCUCAACUCCCUCUAUGGCCCCUUUGGGAAGACCCACGGCAUCGGCCGCUGUGCCAAGAUGAGCUACGAGCUGUGGCGGGACCUGGAGGAGGAGAGCGAGGGCGAAGGGCAGGGCAGGAAGCCCGAGAUUGGACACGUGUUCCUCAUGGACAGAGACACCAAAUAAUUAACUCCAAUGUGCUCAAGGCUCAUGCAUGUGGGAGUGUUGCCGUGUCUGGGACAAAGCAGCUCUUCACUUUUCCCUGCAGGCAGUGUGGAUUUUGGGCCAGAUGUCACCUCUUCUGACAAGAGUAUUAAAGUGCUGCUCAAUUCGCAGGACAAAGUGUUCAGCCAGAUCCGGAAUGAGCACUUCUCCAACGUGUUUGGCUUCCUGAGCCAGAAGUCACGGAACCUGCAGGCGCAGUACGACCGGCGCCGGGGCAUGGACAUCAAGCAGAUGAAGGACUUUGUGUCCCAGGAGCUGAAGGGACUGAAGCAGGAGCAUCGCCUGCUGAGCCUGCAUAUUGGUGCCUGUGAGUCUAUCAUGAAAAAGAAAACCAAGCAGGACUUCCAGGAGACCAUCAAGGCUGAACACUCACUGUUGGAGGGCUUUGACAUCCGUGAGAGCACCAGCUUCAUCGAGGAGCACAUCGACCGCCAGGUGUCCCCCGUCGAGAGCCUGCGCCUCAUGUGCCUCCUGUCCAUCACAGAAAACGGUCUCAUCCCCAAGGACUACCGCUCCCUGAAAACCCAGUACCUGCAGAGCUAUGGCCCCGAGCACUUGCUGACCUUCCACAACCUCAAGCGCAUCGGGCUGCUGACCGAGCAGGCAGCUGGGGAGACCCUGACAGCCGUGGAGAGCAAAGUCAGCAAGCUGGUGACAGACCGUGCUGCAGGAAAGAUUACGGAUGCAUUCAGUUCUUUGGCCAGAAAGAGUAAUUUCCGAGCCAUAAGCAAGAAGCUGGGGUUGAUCCCUCGGCUGGAUGGCGAGUAUGACCUCAAAAUGCCUCGGGACAUGGCCUAUGUCUUUGGCGGGGCCUAUGUGCCCCUGAGCUGCAAGAUCAUCGAGCAGGUGCUGGAGCGCCGGGGCUGGCAGGGCCUGGAGGAGGUCGUGCGGCUGCUCAAUGGCAACGAGUUCUCUGUGUCAGACAGCGCCGUGGAGGACAACCCCGCUUGGGACUGCCAGCGCGUCAUCCUCGCCGUGUUCCUGGGGGGCUGCACCUUCUCUGAGAUCGCGGCUCUCCGCUUCCUGGGCAAGGAGAGAGGGUGCAAGUUCAUCUUCCUGACCACGGCCAUCACCAACAGCGCCCGCAUGAUGGAGGCCAUGAUCGAGGCCAAGGCCUGAGCCCCGAGGGCAGCCUGCCAGUAAAGAUUCUGCUGACAACGA